CUCUCUCUCUCUCUCUCCCCCCUAAAAACCGAAGCAACCACCCGAUGGAGAGACGUAGUCAUGCUCUCUCUCCUAUCUUCCACAUCCACCUCUUACCUAUUUUCUCUCUCCAACAAGCUCUCUCUCCGCAGCUUCACGACAACAAGACGAAGAGCUCUUUCUUGCAUCUCGACCACCAUGUCUAUAACCCUUCAGUCCCAUGCCUUUGCAGGCAAUCCUCUGCGAUCCAAACUGGGAAACCCAUUUUCACCCACCCAAGCCAUUGAAGCCCUCAAAGCCCAGCUGCUUUUAGAGACUAAUGCCCAAUCCCCGUCUUCUUCUUCUUUCCCUGUUUUCAAUUUCAAGGUCUUGCCUUUCAGAAAGGGCAGGCCUUUGGCGUCUUCCAAUGCUGAGACCGGUGCUUCCCAGCCAAAUUGGCAACUGGGUUGGAUCAGUUUGGACCGUUGCAAGGCAUUGUUGGAGAAUUCUGGUGUCCAGCUCACCGGAGACUCGAUGGUCUAUCUGGGUUUUCGUGUCGAGGACGGUGUGAUUUACUGGGCAAUUGAUGUUUCCAGUGAGGGUAGUUUGGUUCCUGAAUUGGGUAGCCAACAAUCUUGCUUUGUUGAGCUUAGAACGCUGAUGGUGGCCACUGAUUGGGCUGAUGAUCGGGCUAUGGCUGAAUUGGCUAUUGCUGGCCAUGCAAGAGCUUUGCUGGAAUGGCAUGGUAUAUCACAAUUUUGUGGACAUUGUGGAGGAAAAACAGUUCCCAUGGAAGCUGGGUUACGGAAGCAAUGUUCAAAUGAGUUGUGCAAAAAGAGAAUCUACCCUCGUAUUGAUCCGGUUGUCAUUAUGUUAGUAAUUGAUAGAGAGAAUGAUCGUGCACUUUUAAGCAGACAAUCUAGAUUUGUACCCCGAAUGUGGAGUUGCUUAGCUGGUUUUAUAGAGCCAGGAGAAAGUUUAGAAGAGGCAGUGAGGAGAGAAACAUGGGAGGAGACUGGUGUUGAAGUAGGAGAAGUUAUCUACCAUAGUUCUCAACCCUGGCCUGUUGGACCGAGUAGCAUGCCAUGCCAGUUGAUGAUUGGGUUCUUUGCUUUUGCAAAAUCACUUGAAAUAAAGGUGGAUAAGGAAGAGUUGGAAGAUGCCAAGUGGCACAGCAGGGAAGAUGUGAAAAAAGCUUUGACGUUUGCCGAGUACAAGAAGGCACAAAAAACAGCCGCAGCCAAGGUAGAACAAAUGUGCAAGGGAGUUGAAAAAGGACAGAACUUCUCCGCAGACUUCAAUGUGGAAAGUGGGGAACUUGCUCCUAUGUUUGUCCCUGGACCAUUUGCAAUUGCUCACCAUCUCAUCUCUUCUUGGGCCUACCAGGAAGUCGAUCAUCUUCUGAAACAACCUAGUGGUUCUUUGUCAAAUUUGUAGCAGUGGCUUGUUUCAUUCCCAAACGCAUUGAAACCCAGAUUUGAAUUUGUUUCUUGGUCGAAGAAGGAAGAUAUCAUUAUAUUUUUAGUUCAUAGGAUGGAUGGGGGUGCUUAGCUUUGAAUGCAGCUGGUUUUCUUUCUAUCACACAACCAGUGCAUUGAGGUUAUUAUAGUUUAUCUAGUAUCCAUGAAGAAAAGGAGUAGCUUUUUUUCUUUUUUCAAAAAAAUUUUUUUUUUCUUCUUCUUUGGAAUAUCCCAUUUGCUUAUAUUCAUAUGUUAACUGUUUAUGAUGUAUUUGAAAGCAAAUUUAUCAGGGGACCUAUUUGUUUUCUUCUUACUAUUUCAACUUUCUUAUUGUGUGCA